AUGCCGUCAAAUAACUCUAAAAACGCCAGAUGGUCGCUCUAUCCUGAACUCCAUGCGGAUGUCGACUCUAUCCUACAGCCAGCGCUCUCGUUCAAGUUCAACCAUGAGGACACUGACAAAGGUGUCGAGGAAUCUUAUAGGACAAACGUCGUGGGAACAUUUACUUGCCAGAAUCCCAAGUGCAAGGGCUCGACUUGGACUAGCGGCGUUAUCCCAAUCAUUAUCCGCAUGUACAGCAACAACAGGUACAAUGCCCGCGUGUACUACCAACAGUGCCGACGCUGUCGUCGAGCAUGUGUACCGACCCUGGAUCAAACCUACGCCGAGCGAGUCGCGUACCGAAUCAAGAAGUGGAGGGGCAUAUUCGUGGAAGCCAAAAGAUACUUUACAAAAGGAACGCCCCCGCAUCGCGACGACUUGUGCUAUGGGUGCAAAGCCGGGACUUGUUUGAAGGCUGCCAGGUUCGUACCACAGCUGUUUGUUGUCUCGUCUACUGACCCCAGGGAAUAG